AUGCCAGCACACUGGGAUUCCAGGCACUUUAUGAAGCAGCACAAUGAGAAGCAGGCGGGACAACGAUGGAGCGAGAUUAAGCGCGUACCGCCUGGCAGCGGGACGCUCUUAACUACAGCUACCGCCGCGGCAGAUGUUUCCCCGGACUCUGAGGAUGUGAAAGCACCACGCUUUCUCUCGCCGGAGCGCAGAGGUGCUCCGCUCUGCGGCAGGGAAAGCCCCUCCGCAGACUUCCCCGCGCCGGGUCGUCCAGCGCGCAACCCGGCCGCCGGAUGCCCGGCGGGGGUCGCUAACGGCUGCCGAGCAGCGGCACGGCGGGCGGUGGCAGCGCAGAGCGCGGCCGGCGGAGGGACGCGUGGCCGCCCCCAGGCAACGGCCGCCGUCAUGUGCGGGCAGGGCCUCCUCCUGCUCGGCCUCCUCAUCGUCCUGCUGCAGGCGGUCCAGGCAGGUAUGCGCCUUCACCGUACCGUGACAAAGUCUCACAGCCCAUCUACACCCAUCGGUAGACGUAGGAAAGCUAAAGGGUUAUUUUCCUCAAAAGCGAACAUUCAGUACUCAGGAAGUGCAGAGUCAGGAAGCAAUAGCUUAAAAAUAGUGGGAUCCAUCUUAUUUCCAGUGAAAGUUUAUGUCAAGCUGGAUCACAGCAGUCCACAUAUUCUAUGUGUCACAAAUCACCUACGAAACUCAGAAUUGAUUGAUCCAGUAUUCCGGUGGAAUGGACCAGGUGGUUAUCUUUCUUCAGAAAAUAGCAGUGUGCAAAUAUCACCAACGGGAACUUUAAUAUUUGGACACUUCAGAUCUGACCUGAGUGGAGUUUACACUUGUUCCCUUGUUUAUAAGCUUAUCGCUGCACAACCUGAUAAAAGACUCACAAUAAAAUAUCUUAUUUAUGCUUAUUCUGAUCCUCAGUAUUACUAUGAAUUGACAGUCCAGUACCAUGCAGCCCCCUGCAAUAGUUUUCAUAAUACUUCUUUUGGGAAGGCGUUGCUUCAGAUACUCAGCAAGCUCAUUGCUGACCUUUCAUGUGAGGUUUCACUAAUUAAGUCAGAAUGCCACCAUGUAAAAAUGCAGAGAGGAGGCCUACAGAACGAAAUGUUCUUUACAUUUUCAGUUACUUGCUUAGACACAGAAAACAGCAAACUAUGUCCGCAAAGUGCUUGUGAUGCACCUCAUAGAUUAUACAAGGCAAAGGACCUCAUAGAGAGAUUCUUUAAGAAAGAGGUGGAAAUUAGGAAGAAAAGUUCUGAACCAUUGCCUGAAAUAUACUACAUUGACGGUACACUGCAAAUGGUGUGGGUUGAUCGUUGCUACCCAGGAUAUGGAGUGAAUGCUGUAAGGCAUCCAGACUGCCCAGAGUGUUGUGUUAUCUGCAGCCCAAGAUCUUACAAUCCCAGUAAUGGAAUUCACUGUCUUCAGUGCGACACCAGUUUGAUAUACGGAGCAACGACGUGCUGACAAUAGAGGGAAUGGCAAAGCUGCAAUAGCUCUCAUGCAUUUUAACCUGGUCAGAUGCCAUUUUGUCAGACUGUGUCAUCUGUCACAUGACAACAAAAUGGAACAGAAUACUGGUGGGAAGGUUCUACUUCUAUUGAAGUACCACCAACAUUAAUCUCUGAUAUCAUGGGCCAACAUCAUAAAAUAGAAGGCUUACUUUUGGAGCAGCUCUCAUAAUCACAUCUGCAUUGGAGCUAAAAACAGGUGAGUAAGUAGGCUUCAACUAUGCCACCUUUAGGGACAAUAUACCCAACAAACAAAACCCACUAUUAGUUAGCAUUAUUCUGUAGCAAUUACUUAUUUAAAUAACUGAGCUUUUUACUUUACUAAUGUGCACUUUACUUGCUUAAUAAAUAAAUGUAAAAUUCCCAAUAGCAUCUAAAUUGACUGUUGAGAGACACCAAGUCUGUAUUUUCAUUUUCAGUAUUUUUUUAUGUUAGUUCCUUUUUUCUGCUGUCAAAAGAAUAUGUCUCAGUAGAUUGGCCAGUGUUCUCUUUAAUUUGGUUCACUGGAAGUGAUGCAGAUGGCUUUACUUGUAUUUUUUAAAGUUAGAUAUAGAUGUAUUACUUGACCAAACCAUGACAUUUAGAAAAAUACACAUGGCCAGCACAGCAGCUGUUUUUUCGCUUAGAGAUUAAAUAUGCUUAAAGAUGACUGGUCUCUAACUGCAUUCUAUACUAGCUAUUUAAAAAACAAAAACCAAACAAAAAAAAAAAAACACUUUUAAUUUCCAUAUUUUUUCAUUUUCUAAUUCCAUAAAUAGGAAAGUUUAUGUUUUAAGCACAUCUGUGCAAAAUAACAUUAUGUAUCAGGAUGGAAAUAGCUCCCCAACUCCCAUUGCAAAGGCCCACAUGCUGCUUGGUGCGAUCAUCUUCUGGGAGUUUGACUCUGGGGGUCAUUUGCCUGUGUGCUGGGGUUGCUGAUGGUAUUACCGGGUACUGGGUCUGGCUGGGAUGGAGUUAUUCUUCAAAUAGCCUGUCUGGUGUUGUGUUUUAGGUUUGUAACCGAAAAGAUGCUGUUAACACACUGAUGUUUUAGCUGUUGCUGAACAGACCUUGCACACCGUCAAGACCUUGUCUGUUUCUUAAUCUGCUUCCCUGGUAAAUUGGGGGAGUGCAAGAGUUUGGGUACAGUCAUAACCAUGCAGAUGACCCAAACUAACCAAAGAGAUAUUCCACACCAUACAACACCACACUUAGCAAUAAAACAGAGCGGAGCAAUAUUUAGGUACAUUAAUUGUUUCUUCUUCAAGAACUGGCUAGGAAUCAGUCUGCCUAUGAGAGGUGGUGAGUGAUUGCCUUUUCAUCAUCACUUGUUUUUUCACUUUUUUUUUUUCCCUCCCGUUCUCAUUCCCUCACUUUUGCUCUUCCUUUUCUCUUCUGUGUCUCACUGGGAACAGAAUGGCGUGAGGUGGGUGGGUAAAUGAGCUGCUGUAUGGUGCUGCCUUGCCUCCUGGGAUAACAACAAAUACCUGUACUCCCUGGUUCCACAGCUGGGUGAGGCUGCUGACAUCUGCCCAUCCUCAGGAAUGGCCAAAAAGCUCUCAUCGUAAUAAUACUAGAGGACAAAGCUGGACACGGCCAGUGACCUUGGCAUGAAGAAGGUCCAAAGAUUAUCCACUUCUAUCUCACUAUGUUAAAAAAAUAAAGAAAUUGCAUCUUAGCAGACUUGAAGAUUAUAUCUCAAACAGAAAGAAAGAUUAUAUCUCAAAAUAUAGUCUUCAAGAAAUAAUUCAUAGAGCUGUCUGUCAAGAUGAAUUUGUUCAGGACAAUCUAUAUCAAAUGGGAACGGACCAACCUAUUGCUAAACUAAAGAUUACACGAAUAUGUUGGUGCCAGGACUGAAAGAUGAAAAAUAUCAUUUGGAAAAAAAAGAAAAGCAAUAAAAAAUAGCUAUAAAAGUUACACUAGGAAGACACAGUAAAAUAGCCUUUAACCUUGUCAUCAGUACUUCAAGAAAGAAAACUUCCCAGACAAACAUAAAUUCGAGCCCAAAGAAAGACGAUAAAGCUUAACAAAAGCUUCAGUGAAGCAAAAGCUACAAAAGAGAGACAAAACACAUCCCCUCCUCUUCCAAGAAACAAAAUAAAUCUUCAGUCUGUAUCAUUCUUCACAGCCAGCAGCUGAGUUAGUGACAAACCAGUUGUAAUACUUCUAGCAUCCCUGCUAGGAAUUCAGGCAACAGGAGAACAGCAGUCUCCAUGCAGUGUUUACAUACAUGCAUAUCCACUUCAGGGAAAGCUAUUUACUGGAUUUUUGAGUGAUUUAAGCUAUUCAAAUCAAUAAUGUCUUCUCCUCUCCCACUGCUCUGUGAGUAGGCCGUGUCUGACUGUCACAGGACUGUCUGUGCAAGAGAUGGUUUCUUCAUUUCUAUCACUCCUCUUUUCCCAUUCAAGACAAAAUAAGACCCAGCAAUAGACAGACACAAACUCAAAGUACAGACUGGAAGAGAGAACUGCGAUUGACUGAAGUCACAGGCAAAACUUCCAUGGUCUUCAUCAGUACCAGAAAAUCACACUUU